GGGCAAUUGGCUACGAGGAACGACUGCACGGAAAACAACACGUGUUUUAAAAAAAAUAAAAAUAAAAAUAGGCCACUGUUUAAUUUUAAUGAGCCCAUGUGACCGGAAGCAUCGACGUCAUCAAAACAGUAUCCGUAGGAGACCGCCCGUCCGGGAGUAUGUGACACGCUUACAAAAUAGCAAAACACAGCCGAGGGAGAAGCGAGGGACCAUGGUUUAGUUUGCGGCGGGUCGUUUAGGUGGUUCGUCAUUCGCGGAAAUCGGUCGAGUUUCGUGUCGUUUGAAUCUCUGUUGGGGAGAAUUUCUCUGUAGCGACGAUGGUUGAGCAGUCGGAUCGCGCUCCGCUGCUCGACUGGGAAGAGAUCCCAUCGGCCGGACCGAACCGGGCGGUGCCGCCUCCGCCGCCGCCUCCUCCUCCUCCUCCUCCAACAGCCGUGAAGGAGAGCCCACUGCGUAGAAGUCCACCGUCAGAGAGAGAAACUCCGGGUGGCUCUGCACCCGAUGCUGGGUGGAGCACCACCACCCCAAGGGGUCCAGGUGUAACAGCUGUUGUUGCCGGCGAGGAUGCCAGCCCGGUCCGUCUUCGGACUGAACACUCCGGGCCGGGCUGGGCAGCCCUCGGUGCGGAUCACACUUUCCCUGGUCUGUCGGUGAAGGCGCAGUGGGAGGAAAAGGACCAGAUCGUGGCCGUGUUUGUUGUUACCUUUGAUACGAGAUCAGGCAAUAUGGUAGAGUGGUGUUUGCCUCAAGACAUGAAUCUAGAUGGAGUCGAGUUCAAGUCAAUGGCCAGUGGCUCCCAUCGGAUUGCCAAUGACUUUAUAUAUUUUCGUAAAGGCUGUUACUUCGGGCUGGCCUGUUUUGCUAACAUGCCUGUGGAGAGUGAGCUGGAGCGAGGAGCACGGAUGAAGUCUGUGGGUAUUCUGUCUCCCUCCUACACCCUCCUUUACCGUUACAUGCAAUUUUUAGAGAACCAAGUUAGACACCAGCUGCAGUGCCCUGGUCAGUACUCUCCUCUGGAAGCCUUCUAUGAGGAUAAGAAAGCUGUCCUACCCCUGACUGGAAAUGGCAUAGUCACUGCCUGUCCAACCUGGAGUGCUACCACCAUCAACCGCUGUAUGCACCCAGAGAUGAAGAUUACCCACCCAGCCGGCUGCAUGUCCCAGUUCAUCCGCUUCUUCGGAGAGCAGAUCAUGGUGCUGUGGAAGUUUGCGCUGCUUAGGAAACGUAUCCUCAUUUUCUCGCCUCCACCUGUUGGUGUGGUCUGCUACAGGGUAUACUGCUGUUGCUGCCUGGCCAAUGUCUCUUUACCUGGAAUCGGUGUCUCUGUGCCCGAGUUCCGUCCUUUCUUCUACAUCAACAUAGCUGACAUCACUGCCCUGGAAUCCGAGCUGUCAUACGUGGCCUGCACCACAGAGAAAAUUUUUGAGGAGAAGAAGGAGCUUUAUGACGUCUACGUUGAUAACCAGAAUGUGAAAACACACAGAGAUAGCUUACAUCCCCUGCUCCGGUUGAAUGGGGCAGACAAGGAAAAAUACCGGAAGCUCAGUGAACAGAGGCAAAUGCUACUUUACUCGCAGGAGGUGGAAGGAGACUGCACAUCAAAUGAAGAGGAUCUCUUCAUUCUGUUCUUCAUGGAGCUGAAUAACCGCAUCUUCCAGACGCUGUCGGAGGUGGCAGGGAGCACUGAUCCCACCCUGACUGCUGAGCAUGUGAGAGCCAUGGGGCUGGACCCCCAGGGUGAUCGCUCCUUUUUGGUGGACCUGCUGGAAGUGUACGGUAUAGAUGCCAUGCUGGUCAUAGACAACCCCUGCUGUCCCUGAAACACUCAGUUUGGCCCAAAGGAUAUCUUGGGGAGGGUACCACUGGAUAUCUGUGUCUUCCAGGCCCGUGCCCAAGAUACUGAAAACACAGCCUCCACCCUGGGACUCAAUCUCUUGCCUGCUAUGCCCCUUGGGUGUCUCUUUUUUUUCUCCAUGCGUGUCUCAUCUGUGCAUUGGAUACGGUUUAUAACCAGUGUUGAUACUGAAGACAUUUAAUGUGGUGCACUAGUCAACAGUGGCAGAUGAACUACUACCUAGCAGACUAGUGCUGCUUGGUAGCCACUGGCUAUUAGAGCCAUUCAUGUCCUUAAUCACCCACCGCCGUUUUUGGUCGAUUUGCUUGUUUCCUAUUCUCAGAUCACGCGGACUUGUCUUAUGUAGCCAGGCUCACGACAUGUAUGAAAAUAUCGGAAUCUUGAUUGGUCAUCACAGCGGGGUGAUUCGGUUGAUCUAUUGUAUGUGCCUCGUUUUUCAUUGCACUCAUCGCUAAGAGGAAAUCACUGACUUUGUCACAGUCACAGCUUUGUGGCUCUGGCAUCUAUUUGCUCACUGGUUGUCUGAAGAACUGAUUUCUAUUACUUGGGAAGCGCUGCGCUUCUGGAAAUGAAUUUUAGCCAUCAAGCUGAGCUCUUUGUUUUUCAAAUACCUUUCACAGCAAACCUUGCUGUUCAUCCUCAUGUAUCACAGCACACUGAAAUGACUGGAUGGUUUCAAAAUGUCCACUGUAAUACCACACAUUGACGUUUUGUAAGCUUUAGCUGAUAUUUCCUAUGAUUUCCGGUAAAGCUGCUCAUAUACUUUUGGAAUUUAUAAAAUGAAUGCAUUUUGACCACUGUAUUUGCCUUUAAAAGAUGGAAGCAAUAUGUUUGUUGAAAUGUAAAAAUUUGUUUUCAUGUGUAUUUGACCUCACUCUGUUGUAUGUAUUUAUCAAACAGAAAUGUUUUUUCCACUCAUUGCAAUAGGUGAGGAAUAAGUUGAUAUAGGUAUGAUGUCCGUCUCUCAACUGGGAGCACUACUAGUAAUGAAGCUUACGGACUCUGGAAGAACAGACUGGUUCAAAUUUUCAUUCAACGUUGCGCUGUCAAAAGACACCUGAUGGUAGAGUUCUGUCUGAUAAUGUGGCUUCUUCACAUGGUCUUAAGUCACACUGCACAUGUGACCAGUGAGCUCUGCAACUCUUUUCGUCACGUAACCAUGUAUUGACUUGAUUUGUCAUGAUCUAGAAAUUAUCAGUGAAUGCAUUUCUAUAACACUCUGAUCAUUAAUGCUGCACUGUGUCCACCACUGGACUGUUCUCCUGAUGAACACAUGCUUCUGCUCGAAUUGUAAAAGUUGACUCUGUUGUGUUCUGCUUUUGAGCCAGUGUUUUACCCACAUCGGGACUCUCAAUGUGUGCUGAUAUACAGUGUGAGCCAACAAGUGGUCCUUAAGCUGGACAGGCUCCUUUUCUCUUUUUACUCAAGCCAAUGCCUGAUCUUUCAUUAAUAAUAUAGAUUAUGGAUCCUGUCCAACUGAGAGUCGAGAGUCUUAAUUCGACAGGAUUUUGAAUCAAGUUUUCUUUUUGAUUAACU